CCUGACCCGCCGCUUCUCUCCCGGAGGGCGGUCACUGUAGACCCCUUUUCUGGAUCCCGCGGUGUUGGAGGCGGAGCCCAGGCGGCCUCCGAGGCGACUGGGAGCAUCCCCAUCGGGCCCCGCGGGCUGGAUUCGCGUCCGACAUAAGCUAACCUGGAAAGGCUUUCCCUGCCCCGGGCUCGUGGCUUAGCCCGCAGACCUCCGCCGCGAGCCGCCUGGAGUUUGAUUCUGGCUCAGGCUGGCCUUCCCUCUGGUCGCCGGGUCUUCCCUUGGCGGUUACGGGGAACGGGGCUCUGAGGUCCCCGGGAUCCGGGCGGAAGGAAGGGACUCGAGUGAGGGCCUCCGGCCCCCUCGGUGUUUUGUUAUGAUGGAACCGCUCCAUCCCGGAGAGUGGGUCAGACCAAGCCGGGAGUACAAGUGUCCAGGCUGCUCCUCGGUCCGGCCGGGAGCUUCUAUGCUUUAGUUCCGGGUGCGGGUGCCCUGAUGCUUGGGUGGGAAUUGCUUGAGUCUGGCCCCCGUCAAGGCGGAGUUGGCGGCCUUCCAGCUUCCCUCCUCCGUGCCCUUGAAAAGGAGGAGCGUUUUGCCCGGUGGCAGCCGCAGCUUGCGAGGUGGCAGAUGCAUCACUGUAAGCGAUACCGUUCCCCAGAGCCAGACCCAUACCUGAGCUACCGCUGGAAGAGGAGGCGGUCUUACAGUCGGGAGCAUGAAGGUAGACUACGAUACCCAUCCCGAAGGGAGCCUCCCCCAAGGAGAUCACGGUCCAGAAGCCAUGACCGCCUACCCUACCAGCGGAGAUACCGCGAGCACCGUGACAGCGAUACAUACCGGUGUGAGGAGCGGAGCCCAUCCUUUGGAGAGGACUGCUAUGGGUCUUCACGUUCUCGACAUCGAAGACGGUCACGAGAGAGGGGGCCAUACCGUACCCGCAAGCAUGCCCACCACUGUCACAAACGUCGUACCAGGUCUUGUAGCAGCGCCUCCUCGAGAAGCCAACAGAGCAGUAAGCGCAGCAGCCGGAGUGUGGAAGAUGACAAGGAGGGUCACCUGGUGUGCCGGAUCGGCGAUUGGCUCCAAGAGCGAUAUGAGAUCGUGGGGAACCUGGGUGAAGGAACCUUUGGCAAGGUGGUGGAGUGCUUGGACCAUGCCAGAGGGAAGUCACAGGUUGCCCUGAAGAUCAUCCGUAAUGUGGGCAAGUACCGGGAGGCUGCUCGUCUAGAAAUUAAUGUUCUCAAGAAAAUCAAGGAGAAGGACAAAGAGAAUAAGUUCCUGUGUGUCCUGAUGUCUGACUGGUUCAACUUCCAUGGUCAUAUGUGCAUCGCCUUUGAGCUCCUGGGCAAGAACACCUUUGAGUUCCUGAAGGAGAACAACUUCCAGCCUUACCCCCUACCACAUGUCCGGCACAUGGCCUACCAGCUCUGCCAUGCCCUUAGAUUUCUACAUGAGAACCAGCUGACCCACACAGACUUGAAGCCAGAGAACAUCUUGUUUGUGAAUUCUGAGUUUGAAACCCUCUACAAUGAGCACAAGAGCUGCGAGGAGAAGUCAGUGAAGAACACCAGCAUCCGAGUGGCAGACUUUGGCAGUGCCACAUUUGACCACGAACAUCACACCACCAUUGUGGCUACCCGUCACUAUCGCCCACCUGAGGUGAUCCUUGAGCUGGGCUGGGCACAGCCCUGUGAUGUCUGGAGUAUUGGCUGUAUUCUUUUCGAGUACUACCGUGGCUUUACCCUCUUCCAGACUCAUGAAAACAGAGAACACUUGGUUAUGAUGGAGAAGAUCCUAGGGCCCAUCCCAUCACACAUGAUCCACCGUACCAGGAAGCAGAAAUAUUUCUACAAAGGGGGCCUGGUUUGGGAUGAGAACAGCUCUGAUGGGCGGUAUGUGAAGGAGAACUGCAAACCUUUGAAGAGUUACAUGCUCCAGGACUCCCUGGAGCAUGUACAGCUGUUUGACCUGAUGAGGAGGAUGUUAGAAUUCGACCCUGCUCAGCGCAUCACACUGGCAGAAGCCUUGCUGCAUCCCUUCUUUGCUGGCUUGACCCCCGAGGAGCGGUCCUUCCACAGCAGCCGUAACCCCAGCAGAUGACAAGUGCAGGCCAGCAUACGAAGAGUUGGAGAGCUGGACUGGGCUCCUGGCCCCUUUUCUCCAGCCUCUCCCACUGGCCUCGGAGCCAGGGCCACCGAUGAACAGUGCAAUGUGAAGGAAGGCAAGGAGCCUGCAAGGGACAGGGGGAUGUGGUGCCCAGCUGCCAGAAAGCACAGAUUGGACCCAAGCUAUUUAUAUGUUGUAAAGUUAUAAUAAAGUGUUUCUUACUGUUUGUAACCCCCUGGUACCAGUGUGUCCAUCUCCAGGCUCCUUGCCUUCUCCCUUCUCUGACUGACUUAUUAAUAAAGUCUUUCUUAGCAGCUCA